AUGGUGGCGACCGAGCAGACGAUUGAGAAGCCUGGUGGGGAGACAGACCGGCUUGCCUCAGAGGUUGCACCACAAGUCAGUCCUCUGAAAGAGGUGAAGGCCCCCGAGGCAGAGCAGAGAGAGAAACAAGAUGUCGUCCAUCCUGAGAACGAACAGACACAAAGAAGAAUGACCAAGGGGAAAGAGGGCAAGGUCGAGAUUUCGGCCGUCGCCCGAGCGUCGAGUUCCGGGGAUCGACAAUCCAGCAAUCUGCAGAAGGAGAUCAGGGAGGGGAUCUCCAGGCUGGUCCAGGGCCUGGCCGUCCAGCACUCUAAACAUGAAGAUGGUGGUGGGCAUGGCAUAAGUAUAAUAACUCUGGCCGGCGAGAACCAUGGCGCAACCAUGCAUGCCGGCUACGGUACGAUCAGCGGCAGGGAAGGCCACGACGAUGCCGUCAACAAGGUGCCCAUCAUCCCCAACGCAGGAAAAGCAUCGGCGACGGCUGAAAAUGGACGGAAGAAAGCGGAUGAAGCAUGCAGCAUCCCGGCUAUGGCUACCAGCGUCAACAGCAACGUCCAGACCAUUAACGGCUCCAUCCUCCACGACAGCUGCUGCAGCGACGACAACCCUGGGGUUCACUUGGUCGUCUCAAAUGGUGCGCGGCCAGAAUCCGCAGAGGCAACCGACGCACAUAAGCCCCGAUCCUCGAGGGUCUCUUCGCCGCCUCGAAGGAUGGUCACCCAAGAGGCCCCCGCCGCCAGAAGGCGAUGCCUCCGAUCCCUCUUCCUGGAAUCGAGCGGCGACGAUACGGAGAAUCCCCGGCGGCGCCACGGCUGCCGUUACGCCUCCAGCGAGGGGAAGAAAGGCCCCGACAAGGGCGGCGGAGGCUGCGGCGGCUCUGUGUCAUAG